AUGCAAACCAAUCAGAUUCACAAAGUCUGCUGUCAUAUUGCGAUUCUCUUGUUUCUCCUUUGUGCAGUAGUGAAUGCACAACUGACAGCUAUCAAGUACAAUGUUUCAGUUGUGGUUGCUGGUGAGAAGGAGGGAAGUAAUAUACCAUCCUCUUUCGUAUUCUCUCGUCCCAACAUGUUUGCCAUCUCUGCCUCGAGUAAUAUUCUCUACAUGACUGAGGAUAGCAUGACCAAGAUUAGAAUGUUGGAUACUGUGAGUGGAAUUACAACUUUAACGAAGGAUUUGGAGUUUCAACCAGGAGGUGUUGCUCUCUAUCCAAAUUCCAAUGAUUUGCUCAUUAGUGAUCCAGUAGGAGGUGUCAUUGUUAGAUUAAAUUCGAAGGGAAUUCAAACAAUUGUGGCAGGAAUGAAGGGUGACUUGGGUUACAGUGGAGACAAUGGUUUGGCAACUCGUGCAAGAUUGAAUACUCCAACUGGUGUUGCAGUAGCAUCGAAUGGUGAAGUUUAUAUUGCUGAUAAAUCAAAUCAUGUGAUUAGAAAGAUUUCUCUAAAUGGUAAUAUUUCAACAAUAGCUGGAAAUGGUGAAGAAGGAUUUUCUGGUGAUGGCGGAAAUGCCAAAACAGCACAAUUGAAUAGUCCAAUUGGUUUGUCAAUUAGUUCAACUGGUGAAUUGUAUAUUGCCGAUUCAAAGAAUCACGUUAUUCGAAAGAUUGAUGCAAAUGGAAUAAUUUCCACUUUUGCUGGAAAUGGAACCAUAAAUGGUUAUGGAGGAGAUGGUUCUCAAGCAAAGCAAGCUCUACUGAACACACCUUAUGGUGUUUUCUUUUAUGAAUCCACUGGUGAGGUCUAUAUUGCUGAUACUUUGAAUUCCCUUAUUCGAAAGGUUUCGAAAAGUGGAAUUAUUUCAACAGUUGCUGGAGUCCCAAAUAGUAGUGGUUAUAGCAGAGAAGAUGAAAACGUUCCUGCAACUUCAGCCCUUCUUUCUGCUCCAACCAGUGUUGCUCUAUCAAGCUUGGGCGAAAUGUUUAUUGCAGAUAAUGGAAACUUGUAUAUUCGAAAGGUUGACACUAAAGGAAAUAGUAUCACUCUCACCCUCAAACCAGACUUUACUGGAGAUGUUAAAAAGUUUACAGGAGAUGGCUACAACAGCCAACAAGCCUUUGUCUACUAUCCUAAACAUGCCUGCACAAACAUUCUAGACGAAACUUUCAUAGCCGAAAGUGCCUAUCACAAAAUCAGAAAAAUCUCCCCAAAUGGUAUUAUCUCACAAUACGCCGGCACAGGUGACCAUGGCUAUAGUGGUGAUGGAUCAGAUGCCAAGUUGGCCAAGUUCAACGAACCAACCAGAAUUGCAUGUUCCAAAAAUGGUGAUAUUUUCAUUGCAGAUUUGUUUAAUGGAGCAAUUAGAAGGAUUUUUGCAUCGAAUGGAACUGUUGAUACAGUUGUGAGUGGUUUGGGUUCUCCUCAAGCUGUAAUUUUGACAGAGAGUGGUGAGUUGUUGGUGGCUGAUAGAUCGAGUCAUGUUAUUCGAAAGAUUUCUACAAAUGGAGUGAUGAGUAUCAUUGCUGGAGUGUUGGAAGAUGGUGGGUUCAAUGGUGAUGGAUUGGCAACAAAGACAAAGUUCAGUGGUCCACAAGAUAUCGCACUGGCUCCAAAUGGUGAUUUGUAUAUUGCUGAUUAUGAUAAUUAUCUCAUUAGAAAGCUCUCUAAGAAUGGUAAUAUUACAACAGUGGCAGGUAAUGGAGACAGCACUGUUGGUGAAGAUUUUGGAAUUGCUACAAGUACUGGAAUUGGAUAUCCUUCAUCGGUUGCUGUUUCAAAAGAGGGAGAAGUUUUCUUCUCAGAUGGAAACAAUAUUCGAAAGAUUACUUCAAAGGGAAUUCUGGUAACAAUCUUUGGAAGCAAAAACAGUAGCAUUCCUGAAUCAUAUUCUGAUGCAACAACCAUUUUUAUGAGUGCUACAGGUCUUUCAUUUACUCCAAAAGGAGAUUUGUUAGUUUCAGGUGGUUUCUCCAAUCGUAUUCUCAAGAUUUCCAAACAAGCUUGUCCAGCCAACUCUCUCACCGAUGAAACCAACACUUUUUGUCUUCCACUCUGUUUUGGAACUCUUUACAAUGAUCCAUUAGCAUGUUCCGGAAAUGGAAAUUGCACUUCCAUCAAUACUUGUUCAUGUAAGAGUGGAUUUGGAGGUGAGAGAUGUGGAGAUAGAGUUUUACCUCAACCUUCAACUUUUAGCUCAAAGAGAGGAGUCAAUUCAAUGGUUCUUGGAUCAGCAUUGAGUAUUUACAAUGGAUUUACAAAUAUGGCAAUGACAAUUGGCAUGAUUGUUAUUUAUUUUAUAUUAAUAUUACAAUAA